GGCUUGCAGAAAUGCGGAAGUGAUACAAAAAUAGUAGGGGGAACCCAGAAUGUCUGGCAGAAACACUGGUAAGAAAUACGAAACAGAACUUGAAGCCGUACGAUCGACCGGGGAUGAUAAUGAGAGCAGUGACGUUAAUUAUGUUACAGACGACGCGUUGGAAAAUACUGUUGACUCUACGUUAUUUUUGAAACUACGAGAGCAGUCGGUCAGACAAGUGACAGAGAUGAUGGAUUCAACGAUAGCGAGUAUGUCUCGCUUGGAGAAAUCUAUGGAUAGGAUAGGGUCGUCAACCUCGGGGGUAGUUAGUGCCGCCCGCAUAUGGUCCAGUUUCUACGACCCUUUAGUGGUAGAGAAACUGAAAGAAGAAAGCGUUAAGGGAAAUAGCGCAACGGGGGUUAGUGCUGAGGAUGAAAAUGCAAAGGUUUUAAGCAGUAACCAAGACUUUGGCGAAGACCUAUCAGAAGGCCACCCAUUUGAUUAAUGGUAAAUUAAACUAGCAAAUAUACAGUGUUUAUUUAUUUUUUAUUUGUUUGUUUGUAUCCGGAAGAAGGUAAGGAAAAUCAUUAAUAUUGAUCUUUUCCUGAAACAAUCACGUUGUUGAUCUUGAGAAUCAUUCUUGUGAGCUG